AUGUUGCCACCUGAAAGUGCAAAGAGGCUCGACAUUUCUUCAUCAACAACACCUACUCCAUCCAACACAAAAUGCCUCGUGACGAGCCUCUGCGCUACAACGACUCCCCUCCUCGCGGAGGCGCUCGAGGACGAGGCGGCCGUGACCGCUCCCGCAGCCCAGUCAGGGAUUCGAGGCGCUACGAUGACCGGAGGGACCGGGAUUAUGGCGGUGACCGGCGGCCGCACGACGAUCGCGGCGAUCGGGACUACGGACACCCCGACCGUGAGCGGCGGUAUGAGCGUGGAGGCUACGACAGGGGACGGGGCGGAUACAGCCGCGACUCGCGCGAUUCUCGCGAUUCCCGAGACUCGAGGGACCGUGACUGGGAUCGGGAUCGUGGAGACAGGUACGGUGGCCGCGGGGGACGGAGCGGGCGCGACCGCUCUCGCUCCACCCGCCGAGGAGGAAGAGCAGGAGGCCGAGCCCGCCGAGGAGAUGGACGAGGAGACUGCUGCUAUGGCGGCCAUGAUGGGAUUCGGAGGGUUUGGAACCACGAAGGGUGCCGAGGUCGAGGGCAACGAUGUUGGCAUGGCCAAGGUCAACAAGAAGCGCACUUGGCGUCAGUACAUGAAUCGUCGUGGUGGAUUCAACCGUCCUCUCGACAAGAUCAAGUAG